GUUACCUGCGAUUUUGCUGGAGUUUUUUUCCGUGCGUGCCGGCGUGUCUCGUCCGGAAGUUCCGUGCGAGGUUUUGCUGUGCCUCCAACCGGCUGGGCGAUAAAGCGAGGCGGGUGCGGGCAAAGGAAGGAGCCACCCAAGGGCAGCAGGUAACGAAGUGGGCGGGGAAACGGACGGAAAUACCCAGGGUUAGAUUCUUAUGGCAAUAUCCUAUCCUAGACCUCGGUUUACCUGUAAGCCGCCUGGAGUCCCUAUCAGGGGGAAAGGCGGAGUACAGUAUAAGAAAAUACAGUGGUACCUCGGGUUACAGACGCUUCAGGUUACAGACUCCGCUAACCCAGAAAUAGUACCUCGGGUUAAGAACUUUGCUUCAGGAUGAGAACAGAAAUCGUGCUCCGGCGGCGCAGCAGCAGGAGGAGGCCCCAUUAGCUAAAGUGGUGCUUCAGGUUAAGAACAGUUUCAGGUUAAGAACAGACCUCCAGAACGAAUUAAGUACUUAACCCGAGGUACCACUGUAUAGACGACUACUACCACCACUACUAGUAGCAACAAUAAUAUGUUAACUUGGGGUCUUUUUCAGCCACGUUCUGGUCAGGCAGCCUUCCAGGGAUCAGAAAGUCUUCCAGAAUAAAUAUGGGAAACCUGAUCCAUCAUAUGAUGGGUUUUCCUAUGCUGGGGAGGACACCCCAAAGGAGAGGGGAGUGGCAGUUGUUUCAUGGGGCCAUUAGAUCAUACACACGGGUGACGCUGUAGUCUAAGCCACUGAGCCACUUAGGCUUGCCGAUCAGAAGGUUGGUGGUUCGAAUCCCCAACAGGAUGAGCUCCCAUUGCUCUGUCCCAGCUCCUGCCAACCUAGCAGUUCAAAAGCACACCAGUGCAAGUAGAUAAAUAGGUACCGCUGUGGCAGGAAGGUAAACUGCAUUUCCGUGCGCUCCAGCUUCCAUCACUGUGUCCCAUUGUGCCAGAAGUGGUUUAGUCAUGCUGGCCAUGACAUGGGAAGCUGUAUGUGGACAAACACCGACGCCCUUGGCCUGAAAGUGAGAUGAGCGCCGCAACCCCAUAGUCGCCUUGGACUGGACUUAACCAUCCAGGAGUUCUUUACCUUUUACCUUAGAUCAUACAUGGGUAAAUACUGGAGAAGUGGUGUUUUAAGGACACAUCUACACAAGUCGCAAAGGGUUGCCCUGGCAGAGUGGUGGGUUAUAGUCACGCAGUCUCAUUUAUUUUACUGGGAGCUUUUCCAUAGUUAUGUGGAGGAACUGGAGAGUAGGAAUACUAGUUGGCGGGGCAUUGAUUGAAUUUUUGUACGCCCUGUGUCUUCUAGUUCCCUGUUUAGUUAAUAUUUAAAAGAGGAAGUAGUGGGUGUUUUUUUAAAGGCUAUUGGAGAAAUUGGCAAUAUUUCUUGCUGUAAUUCUGAGUACACAAAGGUGAGGAGUCUAGUCAUGAUUAGAAAAUGUUUUCUGUCAAAUGGCUUCCUGCCUCACUGAGAACCUAAGAGUUGUCCCGAACAAGCACAUAAAAACCAUAUCCGUAUUGUAAAACAUUAAGGGACAUGACCAGAGAGUUUGUCAUAUGGCAGCGUAGGAAGCUUGGAGGGAGAAUGUUAUAUGCAAAGAUCUAACUUGGAAAGUUUAGCUUCAUGGUUUGUUUUCAGGUCAAAAGUAGAUUUGAUUCUACAGACAUGUGGAAGUACUUUUUUGAGGCAGUGGGAUUUUCCACAUUUGGGAGAUGGAAAAUGCUUUUUCCUGAAUGAAAAGCAAAAUGCAUUAAGGAAAAAAUAAAGCUAUAGUUUAUUCACUGCUCGUAUAAAAUUAUUAGCUUGAAAUUAUACAUAGUUUAAAGAGGUUAAACAAUAAAGACUAGGAAAUUGGGAUUGAAAAUGGAGAAGAAAUCUUUCACAGAACCUUUCAGUACUCCUGUAAUAGUACAUCCUUCAGAAUAUUAUUUCAAAUGAAACUCUGCCUUUUCUUCUAGCACCAUGUCCCAAAACCACAAGGACCUGCUUGGUCUGGGUCGCCUUGAAUACCUACAGGCCCUAGUCACUGAAUUCCAGGUGACUGAGAGCUCAGGUGAGUAUAAUUUAUUGGCCACUAGCUGCUUUUGUUCUAUGUGUAUCAAUGCCUUGCCCAUCUUAGUUGAUUCUUUCUUCCUCUCAAGAGUUGUUGCUUUGGUAACACAGUUUUUAUUCAUUUUCAUCUUUGAACUGUUUAACGUGUUUGCAUUGUAUAUAUUUUUGUUUGCAUUAGAGCAUAUGACAUGCAAUAUUACAUAAAAAUCAAACAACCACAAAAACUCAAAUAAACAUUUCUGAAUAUGUUAACAAAGUUGUGUCAAAAUUUAUAUACCAAAAAUAUUACCUCAAGAGUUGUUUUAUAUUAUUUCAGAAGCCAAGGAGCAGGUGUUGGCCAAUCUAGCUAAUUUUGCUUAUGAUCCUAAGAACUAUGAAUAUCUCCGGCAGCUGAAAGUAUUGGACCUGUUCCUAGAUAUGCUCAGUGAGGACAAUGAAACCCUUGUGGAAUUUGCACUUGGUAAGGCUUGGUAAGGUUUAAGCUUGAUGCUUACUAUGAAUUAAAGCAAUUUUUUAAAGCUUCUCUCAACCUCCACGCUUGAAAGUAUACUCCCACGUCACUUUAGGGAUAGUCAAGUUAGUCAGUCUUGGUACAUGGCAGUGGUUUUUUUACCUUUACCUUUAUAGCAGUGGUUAUGAUUGUAAGCUGGGAAGGCCUUGUGGUUCAGCCAUUAAAUCUCUAACUGUUCAAUCCUGUACACGUCUGCUCAGACCUAUGUCCCAUUGUUCAGUGGGGCUUCCUUCUGGGUAAGCAAGCAUUGGAUUGCAGCCUGUGGCCUUAAGUAAACUUCUCUCUUUCUCUCUCAUCAGCCUCAAACCCCCAUUUAAUGUUGACCUCUCUUACAAUGUGUGUAAAAGCAGGAUUACUAAGUAAAUGUGUGUGAAACAUUUUAGUGUUCAAUGCACUAUAUAAAUACUGAAUAUCAACAUUAUUAAAAUCUGUAUCCUUUGUGGGGGCAAGAUAAAUCUUCACAAUUAGAAGAAUUUUAGUCAGAGCAGCCAGCUAACAUUGUAAACUUAGGAAAAGAGCAGUUACUGUGCCAUUCCAGUUGUUUUUGGACUCCAACUCCCCCAGCCAGCAUGCUCAAUGGUCAGGGAACAUGGGCAUUGCUGUCCAGCAAAAUCUGGAGGGACAUCGGUUCUCCAUACCCAUACAACAGUAUCACUUGUUAAGAAAACACCAUGGGUUGGGGGGCCACCAAGUGGCGCAUUGGAAGAUGGCCGACAAUAACAUCUCUCCGACCCAUACGAGGUAAUUAAGAGGCUGCUAUGGGAAGUAUGCAGUCUUCCUACCCCCCCAAGGAGAUGGGGGGGCUGCCUUGCCAGCGGUGUCCACAACGCACCCCCGGAUUCGGUUGUUUACAGGGGGUGCCGGUCACUUGGCACGAGCCCUCGAUGAGGUCGGCUCUUCCUGACGCCGGUUCCAAUCAGCGCGUGCUGGUUCACUUUAGCUCGGAAUUAUAAUUGGAAACAUACGAUUGGAAUGAAGCUAAAGCACAUACAUCAAACAACGUUCGGGAGAUAAGACUGCUGAUUAAUGGAUCUCUGUGACCGGAGUGACGGAUGGAUAAGUAAAUCAACUGAUGAACCACCAUUAAGAGACUGGUAUGUUUGGAAUGAAGGGGGGGUGGAGGAAAAAACUUUUCCUUUCUUUGUAUUAUGUGAUAUAAAUAACCCUCCACCCCAGAAAGAAACAAGAUCGUUGCGUUUUACUAACCACAAGCAGGAAUUCAAGAACUGUGUGGAGUGGAUUAUAGUUAAAGAGAUGAUUGGUAAACAACGAGAACGGAGGAAAAUUUUAUGACGCAGCAUAAAAUGGCGUCUCGCUAAGACAGGCUUGCCUGAGAAAGAAAGACGGGGAGAAUCAGGACCAUUGGAAUGAGAAUGUUGGUUGGAAUGUGAUCUUAUCCUGACAGAGCCCUCCUGAUAUACUUGGCAAGCCUGAGAAAAUUAAAGGACAGACUGAAGAUUAAUUUUUUAUGGAAGCGUGGAAUGGCGGCUGUCCCUGAGCGAUAUGAUCUUUGGAGAGUACAAAACCCACACAGAGGAUGCCUGUCUCUAAUCCGCUUGUGAAGAUUAUCAGAGAUCGCAAAGAAAGGAAUAUAUGAUAACAACAAGAAGAUGAAGAAAGUAAUAAAGGACUAUCUGGAUUGAACUGGAUAGAACUGUUUAAUUAAAGCAGCAAUAUAAGUGAUGUUUGGACUCGUUUGGAGCUUGAUGUAUGGGUACCCCCAAUAAAAUUUAAAAUUUGGCUGUAUAAUUUGGAACUAAUGUGAUUUGGAUAAUGUGAUGUGAUUGGCCUGUUAAUAAAAAUUAUUAAAAAAAGAAAAAAAGAAAACACCAUGGGUUAAAUAUAUCAGCCCACACAGUGUGGAAAUAAUUGUUUACUUUUAUUAUCAUCAUGCUAAUAAUUCAGCAUCCAAAAUCUUUCAACAAAUGAUUCAGUUUUAUUUCUCGAAGCCAUGAGCAAACCAGUUGGUCCCCAUGAAUUCCAGGACCUGUUAACGUGCAGGAUAUCCCACUUCUUGUAAAAGGCUGCUUAGUCUGACAUGCGGAGUUGAAGGAGCAGGUGAGACACUGCUGAGCCAAUAAGAGCAGGAAGCAGACAAGUUUUGAAAACAAAGGAGCAUUCUCUUACGCAGAGGCUGCAGCACUUACAGGAGCGCACAGUGCCUUCUAGUGUUGUGGGGGGGGAGUUAGUAUGAAUGCUUUGGUUGGGGAAAAAACAGGAAGGCUUUUUCAGAAUGAAAACAAGGUAGAUAAUUGCAAUCAGAGGGAGUUGUUAUGGGGAGAAAGAAAGAAAACAAAAAAGUUUUUAAGUUGAACAAGAACCCAGUGGUGUUCUUUUAUUGCAGAUAGCUUAGUGUGUAACCCUGCUGGUUUCUUGUUCCACUUAAAAAGUUCUUUGUUUUCUUUCUUUUCCCUCUCAUAACAAACUGUGUGUUAAGCUAAUGAGGAACCUGUGGCAGAGUGUGAAAAUAGUUAAACACACACUAGUAUUGCCACCAGUCAACUUUGCAAGACAUAAAUUACAUCGUUCCCAGCCCAUAAUGCCCUGUGCCUCUUGCUAGCUCUUCCCUUCAGCAUCUUGUCCUUUGCCAACAGAUUCCAAAUUCUUCUUAAUCACAUUUUGUAAGUGGCAGAUCCCCCUCCCCCCCAUGUGUGCAAUGUUUACAAUUCUCAUGACAGAACCUGAAUAUAUAAUAGAAAUUUUAACCUGUGUCUGCCUGGCUAUAACUCCCACUGAGAUCUCCCCUCUCUCUAGUAACCAGUUGCUUUCGUUGGGGAAAGAGGAAGGGAAAGUCAGGACAAUGCAGAGGCAAGCAUGCAAGCUACGUAGGGAAAGACUUAGAUCAUGGUUUCCCAAACUUGGGUCUCCAGCUGUUUUUUGGACUACAGUGCCCAUCAUCCCUGACCACUGGUCGUGCUAGCUAGGAAUGAUGGGAAUUGUAGUCCAAAAAUAUCUGGAGACCCAAAUUUGGGGAACCCUGAUUUAAUAAUAAUAGUAAAAUUAAUUUAUAUCCUGCCCAUCUGGUUGGGUUUCCCCAGCCACUCUGGGCGGCUUACAAUAUAUAUAAAAACACAAUAAAACAUCAAACAUUAAAAAACAAAAUAUCCUGUACAAGCAACAAACAAACCAAUAAAUCAAUAGAAACCAAUAACAACAAUAAUAAACAGUUUACAGUUAUACCCAAAUUAAAAUUACCGCCAAUCUCAACUAAACAUUUAACCAACACCAACUCAACAAAAAACAGGGGAACCAAAAUUGGAACAGUUUAAAACAUUUUAGCCAGUUGCCCCAGCCCAAGAGUUGUUCCAGCAAUGUCCCUCUUUUAGCCGUUCAGGGUGAGUCUGAGUGACUUAGAUGAACCUAGUUGCCUCAAUACCUAUGGCAGUGGUAAAUGUGAAGUAGAUGAGAAGGCUGGUCCUGUCUUUACUAUCUCAUUCUCUCGUACUUUAGGUGGCCUUUGUAACCUCUGCCUGGACAAAAUCAACAAAGACUAUAUCUUGGAGGCAGAUGGUGUCGCAGCCGUUGUCGGUUCCCUCUCCAGCUCCAAUGAAGAGACUGUGAUGUCCGCAGUCACUACUUUAAUGUACUUGACCACCCCCCAGUCUCGCCAACAGAUCACGGCUCUUCCCGUGGUGGAAUGCAUGCUGCGCUUCUCCCUCUCGGCCAACCGGAGGCUACGAAACCUGGCAACCAUCUUCCUUGAAGAUUACUGCACCCCUCAUCAGGUAGAGGCGGCCAAGGCCCUGACCGAACACACCGCCCUAGGGAUCCCCCUGCCAAAGGACUGAUGUGGCACGGAGGGCAGCAGGAAAGCUUUUCAUGGAAGAAGCAGCAGCCCUUGUGUUGGAAAAAGCCAGCCCUCGGGUGAGGAUAAUCAUCCCCGGAAUCUCAGUUUAAAAAGAGACUCUUCAGGAACUGUUAAGCACCACGAGGCAUGCAUCUGAUGCUGUCAUUUUUAGGGGCUACUGAAAUAUUUUGGCACCUAGUCACAUUACAUCGGGCUUUGGUGGGAGGCUGGAUUACACCGAGGUGUCCUGCUGCCUAGCUCUCCUGGGUAAGCCAGCCUUCCAUCUGCUGGGUGGGCUUCUCACUGGCAGAAGACAGCAGGAAGCCCCAAAACAGGGCAUUGCAAGGGCAAGGAGGGGCAAAGUUGAGCCAGCCCAGGAUCUGCUGGAUCCUAAGCUGGUCUUAGUACCAAGAUGCAGUGCAUUCAAGGUGAAUCUGGGCCCAGUUCCUACACUGACCUGGAGAUGGUGCAGCGAUCUGGCCCAGUUCAAGCCUGACUGUUCUCCCCCACCGCCACCGCUUUGCAGCCAAAGUGAGCUGCGAUGCUACUGAUGCAGUAGGGGGUCUGCUGCUUGGCCAAGCUCUGCCAGCAGGGUUGGGAGUUUAGAUUGCCCCUUAAGCUUGUCUUUCAUUCUACUGGAAUGAAAGUCAGUCAUUCUAUUGGAAUGAGCAUGGAACUCCUUGCCAAUAGUAGUUCAGCAGGAAUCAGGAGAUGUGCCACGAUUAUGCUUAGUUGUCUUGUUACAUUUUGUUAUACAUCUUUAAAAAUCCCAAUGCAUUUUUACUUUCUUCCUCUUUUUUAUUUUUUACACUUCCUUUCUUUUUUAAGGAAGCUUGGCAGAGUUCCAUUAGUGCUUUCUUUCAGUUGCCUUUGCAAACUCUGCAUUGUUCAGACAUGCUUUUGGAGUGUGAAAUUUUUUAACCAACCAGAUUUGAUUGAUGGCUUUACUGUUGUGGUGGUAUUUUGUACCACCUUGUUAUAUUUUCCUGUGAAAGCGUGGUUUAUAAAUAUUUGAAUAAAGAACAGAUAGAUAAAAUACUGUUAUCUGGAGAUUUAAAUUGUGCUUCAGGACCCUAAUAGCUAUUAUAGUGGAUAUACCUUGGAGCAGGAGAAUACAGGUGGGAAUCCUGUUGCCCUCCAAAUAUAGUUGGGACUCCAAUUUCCAUCAGCCAGUGUGGUCAGGAAUGAUGGGUGUUGGAACAUUUGGAAGGUCAUGGGUUGCACAUCCCUGCUUUAGCUGGGCUUUUUUCUCUUUAAGCAGCAGAAUGAACAAAAGACAGGUGAGCAAUAGCAAAUGGCUCACUUGGUUAGAGUGUGGUGCUGAUAAUGCCAAGUUUGCAGGUUUGAUCCCCGUAUGGGACAGCUACAUAUUUCUUGCACUGCAGGGAGCUGAACUAGAUCGGAGCUUUCCAAACUGUGUGCUGUGACACGUUAAUGUGUCGGCGGCAGUGUGUAGGUGUUGUUAGGAUCGUCCUGCUCUCAUGUAGGACCCUGGUAGAGACACAUGCCCGACUGGCAUAUUCUUUCCUUCCUGGUCGGUCGGGAGCUUCAAAAGCUUUCUCCAACCCGAACAUCACAGCGUCUGAUACCAAGAAGCAUCAGCACACUUAGGGAUCCUGGAGAGUAUUUGCAGUUUGCAUAACAGACUCAAUAGCUCAGCAUCUUGGCUAAUCUACUUUAUUUUACAUAUAAUACAUUCGGAGCAUUCUGACUUAGCUCCUUCCUCUUUCUCAUCAGACAGCAAAGAGAGAAAGGACAAAGGACAAUAGUCCCACUUUCCAGAACACAGUAAUACCAAAACAUCCUGUCUCCGUCACUUCCCACUAUGUGGAAUGAAACAUACACCGCCUUGUGAUAGACAACAAUCUUGUGACUGGAAACACAGAGCAAGAAUCCUAACAGGUGUGUCACGCGAAUGCUCCUCCUGGGACUGGAAAGAGUUUAGUUGAACCUCCGGUUUGCUAAUAAAACUAAAGUACCGUGUCACAAAAUGAUGCAUGUCUAAAAAGUGUGUCGUCAACAUGAAAAGUUUGGAAAGUUCUGGACUAGAUGAUUCUCAGGGUCCCUUCCAACUCUACAAUUCCACGAUUCUAUUACUGUACCCUAAAAUCUUAGUGCUUUGAAUCAUAGAAUCAUAGAGUUGGAAGAGACCACAAGGGCCAUCGAGUCCAACCCCCUGCCAAGCUUUGAGGUCCCCCCUGUUCCUUUCCUGGCCCUGUGUAUACCAGCUACUGAUCGUUUGCACUUUUAUUUAUCUAGAUGCAUGACAAAGACUCCACACAGGGAUUUAACAUCUUUAUAACUCACAUUGUUGAUGUUUAAUUAGGACAAAACACUACUCUCUUGCAAAUAGAAAAUAUAUUUCCGUCUGAUCCGGCUCACUGGGUGGGUGUCUUGCUUCAUUCCAGUGGGGUUUAAUGACCAGCUGGUGUUUUGGGUCACUUUCACUGCCUGUUGAAGUACGCGCUCCUUUCUUCAGCCAUCACUUGGAGCGCUUGCUUUCCAGUAUUGUCCUCCAGUCAUCAGUCCAAGACUCGAGUCUCCUUCGUGGGGGCUGCAGCUUUAGAUGCUUGUUAUGACAGCAAGAGAACAAGAUGUGCUCCCAGCUCGGAUUAGGCUCAACCCCUGAGAAGAAUAAGAAUGGAAAAUUGCAAGAGCGACCAUUUCAUCACUGGAGCAACAGUAAAGCAUUUGGAUCUGGAAACUGCACUGCACAUUCUCGUACCUUUAACGGCAUCCUUGUCAUCAAAGAGCAGAUCAGCAGACACAACUGUUUUAUCUCUGGUCAGAAUUAUCCGCUCCACAAAUUUGGGACCCAAGUGCUUUUGAACCCAGCUGUACUAUCAGGUGAAGAAAGAUCAGUAUCAGAAGAAUUUUAAUUACAGCCUUUUUACCAAAAAAGCAAAGAAGCCAAAACACUCGACUACAUCUGACUGGUUAUUUAGACAGGAGAGUCAGAGGAGACGUGAAAUUAUAAAGCUGGUAUGAAAUGUUUUCUACAAACUUUGACAGACAUUUUCUCAUUUCGCAAAUUGCUUAGGCUGCAAUCCUGAACACACAUACUCAGGAAUGAAUGCAGUGGGGUGUACUUUUGAGUAAACAUGCAGAAGAUGUAUUUUGUAAUCAGGCUUGUAGAGCAGAAGCUGGUGGCUUCCUGAAGCAUCUGGAGGAGGUAGAAAUUCUUGUUAACAUAGGUAUUCCAAUCAUCAUACAUUUUGGUCAUCCAGCUCAAUGCAGAGAUUCUCACGGGGGUUUUUUCACAGAAAAGGGGGAAACAUUUAAAUAAAUUGGGCCAAAGGGCAAGAAAAAUGCCAAAUGUUUUCUGUUACCUACAAGAUUCACAACACAAUCUUGUGCACGUUUACUCAGGCAUAAGCCCCACUGUGUCUUCUUCCUAGUUACAUGUGUCUAGAACUGAAACCUCAACCAUUAAUGUGAAUGUGCAAAUGACGGCUGCUCAUUAUACUUGUCACACCAUUGUCACAUUCCUAUUGUUGUCUCUUCUGUUGUCUUGGCCUUUGACUCCAUGGUCUGUCUGCUUAAAAACUGUUAAUGUUCUAAUAACUUAACUCAAGCACAGUACUGCUCUGUUGUCCUAACAAGAUCAUUUUGAUUGAAGGGUAAGAUAAAAACUUUCAUUAUAUAUAGAUUAUACUGUGAAUUCAACAAAACAAAGUCUAUUUUCCUAUCUAUGUCAGCUGGCCAUCAACUUAGGAGACCGUUUUCUUCAUUAAUCUGACAAAGUGGGCUGUAGCUCACAGAUAUUUAAGCUAUGCAUGUCUCACCAAGUGUGAAUGACACACAUAUGUAGAAUUAAAUUUAUGUCUCUAUAAAAUAUCAGAAGUAGUGUCUUAGAAAGGAUCAGCUCACAGCUUCCAAAUUUUAAAAUGAAAUUGGAGUGACCACGUAUGGAGAAGACAGGAAGUCGGUUCGAUGUUUAGAACACCUAGUUUAAAAUGUAUUAGACAGCGACAAACUUUUAUGUUAACUACGUUAUUUGAUUCUAUGUCUGUCUUUAUAUGUUCAAUAAAGCAUU